GCUCCGCCAAUCGCCAAUCGCCAAUCACCAAUCACCAAUCACGGUCGAUCGAGGAGGAGGAGGAGAGAGAGACAAUAAAUGUCUCGACUGUCGUUCCUUUCCAGUCUUCGAUCUCUCUUCCCUGCUUGAUUUCCGUCUCAGUCCGACGGAAACGAUCUGGGUGGGUUUUGAUUUCUCUUGUUAUUGUUGAGUUUGUUGCUGUAUUUGCCGUCGCAAUGCCUACUCCCACGUUGAGUCGAGUUAAAGAUUCGAUUUUUAGGCGAAACCGGAGAGGGUGCCCUCCGCGAGAUCUCCAGAUGUCGACAGGAUCGAUGACGGAAUCGACGUGCUCGAGUCGGGUCCCUGACCGGAGUGGUGGGGGUUGGACCUGGGAAGAGAACAAGCUAUUCGAGCUCGCCCUGAUCGACUUCGAAGAAGACACCCCGGACCGCUGGGAGAAGGUGGCGGCGUGCGUGCCGGGCAAGACGGUGGAGGAGGUGAACAUCCACUACCAGCGUCUCAUCGACGACUUGAAUGCGAUAGAAGCUGGGCGGUCCUCGUACUAUCCAUCGUUCGCGUCCAACUCGGAGGACUGCUACGCGCCAAAGCAGCCUUCCUGUGCCAGAGGAAAGAGGUCCGCGCCGAGGGCACCAUCGGAGCAUGAGAGGAAGAAAGGAGUGCCGUGGAGUGAAGAGGAGCACAAGCUAUUUCUGAUGGGUCUCUCGACGCAUGGCAAAGGGGACUGGAGAAACAUAUCUCGAAAUUUCGUGACCACCAGGACGCCCACUCAGGUGGCCAGCCAUGCCCAGAAGUACUUCAACAGGCAAAACUCGGGCGGCAAAGACAAGAGGAGAUCCAGCAUUCAUGACAUUACGAUUGCCAGUUUGUCACACGACGAGCUGCUCGCCGCCGCUCGGCUGCGGACUCCCACACCGCAGGCGCAGGCUACUUCGACUACUCUGCCAAGGACCUUCUCCUUGCAACGAAAUGACGCUGCUGGUGUUUCUAAUGCACCGGUGCGCGCGAGGAACCAGUUCAUGCAACAGCAGUUUGGAGCAGCACCAUAUGGGAUGACAAUGCAGGUUCAGAAUCCGCAGGAUGCCGGUCUCCAUGGUAAUGUUAUUUGUGACGAUAGUUCCCUGUUUCAGAUGCAGUCAGACCAGCAGUUUCAUGGAGCCGAUUUCGGACAAUACUGACCAGAAUAAUGGACCGGUGUCACCGCUGCUCGUCUCGGGGCAUCGUAGGGCAGUAGAUGAGUGGGUCAUGCAAACUCGAAGAACUAAGAAUUGGUUAGGCAGUCAAUGUAUAGGGCAUUAAGUUUAUCAACGCUUGUUUUCUUAUACUUUAUGCCAUUUUACACCAUAGAUAGUCGUGAACAUGUCCUACGUUGAUUA